AUGACUGCUCGCUGUGAUGACUACAAACGCUGUGGUGCUACAGAUGGUGGUGAAAUGGGAACGCUCAAGCUCACCGAUGUCUCAAAGAGCCCGAGAAUGGGAAUACGUCAGAAUCUGCCCGUGCGGCCUCAGCAGCCUCCGCGGCAUCAGCAGCGGGCGCUGAGCACCCGCGCGGCGUUCGGCUCAUCCACGCUGCCGGCGUCCUCCAAACACAGAGGGAAAUUUAUAAACCUACGCGAUAGCGUGAAAAAGAGUCCUACGAAAAGCACAGCCAAAGUAAAAGCUGCUAGCGGUUGGGUGUCUGACGGCUCCUGUUCCAAUUGCUCUUUAGAGAAGCCCACAGAAGCUGUUCCUUCCUCUUCUCCCAUUGUCCCUGUGAUCCCUGUCCCACCAGUCCCUGCUGAGACCACUGUCAUCCCAUCCACCAUACCACAGGCAAAUCCCCCUCCAGUACUGGUGAACACAGAUUCUUUGGAUACUCCAACAUACGUCAAUGGCACGGAUGCAGAUUAUGAGUAUGAGGAAAUUACUCUGGAAAGGGGAAAUUCAGGACUUGGCUUUAGCAUUGCAGGUGGUACAGACAACCCGCAUAUUGGGGAUGAUUCAAGUAUUUUCAUUACAAAAAUUAUAGCUGGGGGUGCAGCUGCGCAGGAUGGAAGAUUACGGGUUAACGAUUGUAUUCUACGAGUAAAUGAGGUGGAUGUUCGCGAUGUGACACACAGCAAAGCAGUUGAAGCAUUGAAAGAAGCGGGAUCAAUUGUACGAUUGUAUGUCAAAAGAAGAAAACCAGUCACGGAAAAAAUAGUGGAAAUCAAACUUGUAAAAGGCCCUAAAGGUCUUGGUUUCAGUAUUGCUGGUGGUGUAGGAAAUCAGCAUAUACCUGGAGACAACAGCAUCUACGUAACCAAAAUCAUUGAAGGUGGGGCAGCACAUAAAGAUGGCAAACUCCAGAUUGGAGACAAACUUUUAGCUGUGAACAGUGUUUGCUUAGAAGAAGUUACUCAUGAAGAAGCAGUGACUGCCUUAAAAAACACAUCUGACUUUGUUUAUCUGAAAGUUGCAAAACCCACCAGCAUGUUCAUGAACGACAGUUAUGCCCCUCCUGACAUCACAAACUCUUAUACUCAGCCAGUGGAUAACCAUAUCACUCCAUCUGCUUACCUGGGACAGACCCUGCCCCCAGCAUCACCAGGGCGAUACUCACCAAUUCCCAAGGGAAUGCUUGGAGAUGACGAGAUUACCAG